AUGGUGAACGACAAGAAAGGCACAAAAAUCGAGGUGGAAUUUGACAAAGAAAGGGAUGAAAAUGGGAUGACAAAAGAUGCUCAAGAAGAAGAAGAAGAGAAACCACCACAGAAAGUACCGUUGAGGAAAUUGUUUCGAUACUUGACAAAACUCGACUUUUGCUUGUUAAUGCUUGGUUUGGGAGUAUCAGCUUGUACAGGAGUCGGUCUCCCAUUGAUGGCCAUUCUACAAGGAAAUAUUGGACAAUCAUUUAUCGACGAAGAGAUUUAUUUGAAGAAUAAUUAUAGUGUUCCAAUGGAUGAUUCAUUCACAGAAGAUGUAUUCAAGGAUCGAAUUAUGAAAGUUGUCUAUCAAUAUGCAGGACUGACUGUUGGAAUCUUCAUCGCAGCGUAUCUCCAAGUAAGCUGUCUUUUGGUUGUUUGUGAGAGAAUGAACGAUCGACUGAGGAGGAAAUUCUUUGAGGCUAUUUUGAGACAAGAUAUCGCUUUCUUUGACAAAAAUCAAGGUGGAACAAUGGCCACAAAACUUUUUGAUUCACUUGAACGAGUACGUGAAGGAACCGGAGACAAACUCGGUCUCAUGAUACAAUUUCUAUCGCAGUUCGUUACAGGAUUUGUGGUGGCUUUCGCGCACAAUUGGAAGCUCACCCUCAUCAUGCUCGGUUUUACCCCAUUUCAAGUAGUUUGCGGAUUUCUCAUCUCAAGAUCAAUGACCACGUUGACAUUGCUUGAAACAAUCAAAUAUUCGAAAGCGGGGAAAGUUGCUGAAGAAGUGAUUUCAUCAAUCAGAACAGUUGUGGCUUUCAAUGGAUUGAACAGAGAAUCAAAAAGAUAUUCGGAAGCUCUAUCAGAAGCUCGUCGAAUGGGAAUCUACAAAGCGGCCUCUAUUGGAGGAUCAUUUGGAGCGAUGCAGUUGACAAAUUUCUCCAGUUUUGCUUUGGCUUUCUACAUUGGCGUGAAUUGGGUUCAUAAUGGAGAGAUCACACCAGGAGAAUUGUUAACUGUUUUCUUCUCGGUAAUGAUGGGAUCUAUGGCUCUCGGACAAAGUGGUCCCCAAAUUGCAGUUUUGGGAGCCGCUGCGAGUAUCUUCGAAGUGCUUGAUCGGACUCCAGAAAUUGAUUCUCAAAGCGAGGCCGGCAAAAAGGGUGGAGCGAUGAAGGGAAAAAUCGAAUUCAACGAUGUCCGUUUUAGUUAUCCAACAAGGCCCGAUGUUCAAGUGUUGAAAGGAUUGCGAUUCAAUGUGGAACCAGGUCAAACAGUAGCCUUGGUGGGAAGUUCUGGGUGUGGAAAAAGCUCUGUGGUAAACCUUCUCCUGCGGUAUUAUGAUGCAGAAAAUGGAUCGAUAUUGAUUGACGGGACACCAAUUAAUGAGUUAAACAUUGCAUAUCUCCGAGAACAGAUAGCUGUUGUCUCACAAGAACCCGUUCUUUUUAAUUGCUCGAUCGAGGAAAAUAUCCGUUUUGGAAGAGAAGAUAUUGAUCAAAAGACUCUCGGUCAGGCUUGUCGAGCGGCAAAUGCAGAGGUUUUCAUCAAGCGAUUACCUCAAGGCUAUUCGACAUUUGUUGGUGAUCGAGGAACCCAAUUGUCUGGAGGUCAAAAGCAAAGAAUAGCAAUCGCUAGAGCUUUGGUCAGAAAUCCGCGAAUACUUCUUCUCGAUGAAGCGACAAGUGCAUUAGAUGCAGAAAGUGAAGGACUUGUACAAAAAGCUUUAGAAAAGGCGUCUGAGGGUCGCACAACGAUAAUCAUAGCACAUCGUUUGUCGACAAUCCGAAAUGCCGACAAAAUUAUCGCUAUCAAGGAAGGAGAAGUGAUCGAAGAGGGAUCACAUGAUGAACUCAUUCAACAAAAGGGCCUUUAUUAUGAUCUCAUUCAAGCACAAACAUUUGCCGAUACUAUCGAUAAUGUGGAAAGUAAAGAAGAGCUUCCUGUAUCAAGAAAUUACCGUCGUGAGAGUUCAACAGUUCCUUCAUUGAGACAUCGAUCAAGUACUGUACAAUCAUCGGUAAUCAAUGAAGUGAUGGAAAAUAAUGAAGUCAAUGAAAAGAAAGAUGACUUGAGUCGGCUGAAAAGAGAGAUCGAUGAGGUGGGAGCGGAGAAGACGAAUCUUCUAGAGAUACUGCAUUUUGCAUCAAAAGAACGGAUCUGGUUGUGCAUUGGAAUGAUCGGGGUGAUCAUAGGUGGAUUCGUAUUCCCGGCAUAUUCCAUUUUCUUCACACAAAUGCUCGAUAUUUUCACUUUACCACCGGCCGAUCUCCUUCACAAAGGCCAUAUCUGGGCUCUUCUCUUUCUCGUUUUAGCCAUCGCUCAGGCUUUCUCCGUUCUCACGCAUGUGUUUUUCUUCGGGCUUGGCUCCGAGUUGAUGACACAACGUCUUCGAGCCACCAUCUUUACGAACGUUCUCUCACAAGAAAUCGGUUACUUCGACUCGCCACUUCACGCAACCGGGAAAAUUUGCACCCGACUGGCCACCGAUGUGCCGAAUUUGAAAAGUGCAAUGGAUUUCCGUCUGUCAACUGUUUUGGCCACAAUUGUCUCAUGUGUGACCGGGGUUGGGGUUGCUUUCUUUUUUGGAUGGCAAAUGGCUCUUCUUUCUGUUGGACUCUAUCCGUUGUUGGGAAUUGGUCAAGCUUUUCGCACUCGAAUCAUGCAAGGAAAACAUCGACAAACAGCAAAAGAUUUGGAAAAUAGUGGAAAGGUGGCAAUGGAAGCGAUUGAGAAUAUAAAAACGGUGCAAGCAUUGACAAGAGAAAGGACCUUUUAUCAAAUGUUUUGCUCGUUUCUUGAUGAACCCCAUAAAGAAGCAUUGAAACAGGCAACUGUUCAAGGAGCUGUUUACGGAUUUGCUUCUUGUGCAAUCUAUUUGUUGAAUUGUAUCUCAUAUCGAUUUGGAUUGUUUCUGAUUUUGGAGAGAACUCUAUCACCAAUGGAUGUGCUGCGAGUAAUGUAUGCUGUCUCAAUCUCGACAACCACGGUUGGCUUUGCGACCUCGUAUUUUCCCGAAUAUAUGAAAGCCCGUUUUGCCGGUGGGAUUAUUUUCAGCAUGUUGAGAGAGCGAUCAAACAUGGACAAUUUGAGUACAAAAGGAUUAAGAAAUAAAGUGACUGGUUCGGUGGCUUUCGAAGAUGUUCAUUUCUCAUAUCCACAACGGAGUGCGGUGUCAAUUUUAAAGGGUUUAUCUUUAUCGGUUUCUCCUGGAGAAACGCUAGCACUUGUCGGUCCAUCGGGAAGUGGAAAAAGUACAGUGGUGGCUCUAUUGGAGAGAUUUUACGAUGUAACAAAAGGGGUUAUUAAAUUGGAUGGAGUUGAUAUUCGUGAAAUGAAUCCCGAUCACCUUCGAUCACAAAUGGCUCUCGUUUCACAAGAACCAAUUCUAUUUGAUUGUUCGAUUAGAAAAAAUAUUGCUUAUGGUGUUGAUGGUGAGAUCACAGAUCAAGAAAUUAUUGAAGCAGCCAAAAAGGCCAAUAUUCACAAUUUCAUCUCGAAUUUGCCGCAGGGUUAUGAGACACGUGUUGGUGAUAAAGGAACACAAUUAUCUGGAGGUCAAAAGCAGCGAAUAGCAAUUGCUCGUGCAUUGAUCAGAAACCCAAAGAUUUUACUUCUUGAUGAAGCAACGAGCGCUCUCGAUACAGAAAGUGAAAAGAUAGUUCAAGAAGCUCUUGAUCGAGCCCGUUCUGGUCGUACAUGUAUUGUGAUUGCUCAUCGUCUUUCCACAAUAAUUAAUGCUGAUCGAAUUGCCGUUGUCCAAAGUGGAAAACUCGUUGAACAAGGUACUCAUCAAGAGCUUCUCGCUCUUCACGGUGUUUACUAUGAUCUCACGAAAAAACAGAAUCUCCAU